CCACAAAGGCAAACUAUUAAGAAAAUACUGCAGAUACUGCGACUGGUUAACUAUUUGGAGCAAGGUUUAUCUUUUUGUUAUAAAAGGUUAUCUCUGUUUGGAGACCCAACAAUCUGGUACAGUUUAAUCCUUCCAAACACAGUAAUGUACCUUAACCCUAAAGUACCAUGGCGGGGUUCAAUUUGACCCUUCACGUUUUGUAUGCCAAGUUUCGCUGCCAAAAUAUUUAUAGCUCGCUGCGCGCGUUCUGCUAAUCUUCGACCGGUAGGUCAUUUCUCGAUCCACAAAUAUUCCAUUAAUUUAUCUGUUACCACUGCAGAGUUAGGUGCAUGUCAAGAACUUAUUAAGGACCAUUUGACUCGUAGAACUUAGUAUGUUUACCGAAAGAAAUUUGUAGUGUCAUUUUUAAAGUUCCCGGACGGACUUCAGGAACCAGUGGAGGGGAAGGUGUAAAACAUGGCCAUACUCUAAAAAUCAACAGAAACAAAGCUCAUCGUGCGAUAAAUGUCAAGAAUUUAUUUGCAAAAAUCAUGCCCGCACGAAGACGUUAUGCAUAAGUUGUGUUGAAAAGU